CUGAGCAGCUCGAGAGCGAAGUGAGAGAAAGGGUGUAGGGAAGUCACGGAGAUUUGAGGGUCGAAUCGGCGUUUGGCCCGCACCUCCCUGCGUUGUCGCCUACCUGCUUUUUUAAAUCUCGGGCGAUGGAAUUGCCUCGUAGAGCUGUCUUCCUUCUGGGAGCGCUGCUGGCGCUCGCCGCUGUUGUGUGGAGCCAAGAAACAUGCCUUUGUAAGAACAACAAACGGACAACAGAUUGCUCUCUUGUUAAUGGUGUAUGCCUGUGUAAAUCAAUUGGACUUAAUAUCACAGUGGACUGUAGGACAUUGACUUCAAAGUGCGUACUGAUGAAAGCAGAAGUGAUUGGCUUAAAAACAGGUAGAAGGAAAAAACCAGAUACUGCAUAUGUCGACAAUGAUGGCAUAUAUGAUCCAGAAUGUGAUGCGGAGGGUAACUUCAAACCUAAACAGUGCAAUGGGACAGAAACUUGCUGGUGUGUGAACAGCGCUGGAGCGCGAAGAACUGAAAAGGGUGAUCGAAACAUUACAUGCCAAGAAGUAGUAAGGACAAGCUGGAUUAUUAUUGAAGCAAAACAUCUUGAGAGGAAUACAGCCACAGGUGAAGGCUCCAUUGAAGGGACGAUUGGAAAUGCAUUUUCUGAGCGUUACCAAUUGGAUCAAAAGUACAUAAGCGUUAUGUAUGAAAAGCCUUUCAUUACUGUUAAUCUCAAACAAAAUGCUUCAGAGAAAACAAUUAACGAUGUGGAUAUAGCUGAUGUAGCAUACUAUUUUGAGAAGGAUGUCAAAGGGGAUACAAUUUUUAGUGAUAAAUCUGGUGUCAAGUUUGCAGAACCUCUUCAAUUUGAGAACACAGUCAUUUACUACGUUGAUGACAAGCCACCAGAGUUUUCAAUGAAGCAUUUGACAGCUGGAGUUAUUGCUGUGAUUGUGGUUGUAGUACUGGCAAUAGUUGUUGGUAUUCUUGUACUGAUUUUUACCCGAAGAAAGAGAGGCAAGUAUGAAAAAGCUGAGGUAAAAGAAAUGAAUGAAAUGCACAGAGAACUAAACUCGUAACAACUGUAACAUGAAAUGGAAGGAAGAAUAUGGUAAAUGAAUGAAAACUGACAGAAGAGAAAUAUCAUGGACUGCUACUUUUUUAAAAAAUACCAUCUUCUGUAGUUAAGUUUAAAAAUUUUAAGCAAUCUUUCUAGUAAACUGGCAUGUAUUGCAUUUUGAGGCUAUAAAGAUUCUAUUAAAACUCAUUAUUAGUUUAAGCAGAGAAGUGGCAUUCCGCUGUCACUAUUUCUGAUGUAACUUAGUAAUGUCCUUUUGGAUGUGUUAAAGGUUUUUGAGGUGUCUGAUAAUGUCUAGUCUGCCAGGUAACUCUUUUGCAUACAAGAGAGUACGUUUGUAUAUAUUCAAAUUUAAUCAUUUUUUUAUACACAGUGAAUUUAAUAAAAGUUUGAA